UUUUCACGCCAUUACUGUACAAGUGCGGUUGAGAAACGAGAUAAGGUCCACUUUACAGUGUGGUUUUGUGCUGCUAAGCUUGUUAAGCUUUGCGCGUGUCACGAGUAGAGAGUGAUGCAUGGGUAGUUUCAGUGGGUUGUUGCUGCGGAUGCUCUUGCCGAUGACGGAAGGAGUUUUGUUGUUGCAGUGUUUGGUUUGCACAGAUUAGUGGAGACGAGUCAAAGCACUGAAAUCGUGCACACGCAUAUAACAUUCGUCUUUUGCGGGCACUUCUCGUUCCACUUCAUUGUCUCGCUUCGAAGUUCAGCCGGUUCUUGUGAAAGUUUGCAAUCCAGCUGCUGCCCAAUUCGCAUCCGAGGGCUGCCGGAGCAGAAUCCAGACUUGGGGAUUUCGGCCUGCAAAUCCGUAGCUCGGGUGUUUUGCAUAUCACUUGGAUACGCUUGCUAAUACGUGGAUACGUUUGUAGCUCCUUAACAACAACUUGUUCAAAUCUGGGCCUGGAUCACAAGUUUCCACAAAUUACCGAAAUUAAUUUGUGGAAACUUGUAAAGUUUGGGUUUCCCAAACUUUGGGACUACGUCUGGCGUGAGAACAAUGGCGGUUGAGGAUCACCUCACAAAGGGAUACACGAAAGAUCCAGGAGAUAAGCAGAAGUCAAAUAUCAUACCCCCUGAGAUUCUCUUUGCAUAUCAGAAGGAGCAGGCUCGCCUUUCACCGGACGGCCAGCAAUUAGCUUAUUUGGGUCCCUCGCCUGAUCAUGUUCUGAAUGUGUGGGUACGCCCGCUUCAUGGCACAGACGAGGAGGCCAAGAUGAUAACUGCAGAGACUCACCGUGGGGUGCAUUGGUACAUCUGGAACCCAAGUGCGGAAUACAUCAUCUACAAAGUUGACUGUGGAGGAAAUGAAGACUGGGUCCAUUUCUCAGUGGAGUUGGCCACGGGCACAGUACAAGCUUUGACGCCAUUGAUUGGCGUCCACUCAAAGAUCCUUCCGAGCAGCAUCAGUGGACUUCGCCCACAUGAGAUUCUAUUUUGCAUGAACAUCAGAGACCCUUCCGAUUUUGAUGUGUACAAAGUCAACAUCAAGACAGGCGACGCAGAGCUUGACACUCAGAACCCUGGAAAUAUCUCCGACUGGCUAUGUGACGGCAACUCUGUGGUUCGAGGUGCCUUGGAGUUCGAUUUGUCUGAUGGAAGCUCUACCAUUCGAGUAAGAGAGUCAAAAGAGUCCGACUGGCACGAUGUGUAUCGCUGGACCAGCCAGGAUGCUGGAAGCAUGGUUGGAUUUGGAUCCAGCCCAAACCACAUGUACAUCAUGUCGUCAGUUGAUUCUCCGACGACACGCUUACUCUUGAUCAACACAGACGAUGGAUCACUCAUUCAAGUGAUUGCUUCAGAUCCUAGAAGCGAUUUAAUGCCCUUCAAAUUUGACCCCUCAAAGGUGUUGUUCAUGGACUUUCGAACGAAGGAAUAUUUAGCUGUUGCUUUCAUCUUUUCCAAGCUUAAAUGGAAGGUUCUACAUUCAAGCGUUCAAGACGAUUUCGAUCUACUAACAAGCUUCAGAGAUGGCCAGAUGACAAUAGGCAGCCGGGACCGCUCAAAUCAGAAGUGGGUAGUAACCUAUGAGACUGAUGACUCGUCUUCAGAAACUUAUUUGUAUGAGCGAGAAUCGAGAAAGAUGUCGUUGCUGUUUCAGCAUCAUCCUCAACUAAACGAGUACAAACUGGGAAAAGUCCAUUCUCAUGUUAUUAAAUCGAGAGAUGGCUUAAAUAUCUUGGUAUAUCUCACUUUGCCUGCUGAUAUUGAGCCCAAAAAUCUUCCUAUGGUUGUAAGGAUUCAUGGCGGCCCCUGGUACCGCGAUUGGUGGGGUUGGGACGCAGAAAAUCAGUUCUGGGCAACCCGUGGUUAUGCAUGCCUGCAGGUGGAGUACAGAGGGUCGGACGGAUUCGGUAAAAAGUUUUUGCAUGCUGGCGACAAGCAAUGGGCAGCAGCCAUGCAGGAUGACGUUACCGAUUCUGUGAAGUGGGCAAUUGGAGAAGGCUAUGCGGACAAGGAUCGUGUAGGCAUCACUGGAAUUUCAUACGGAGGUUUUAGUACCCUCGCAGGCAUUACUUUCACUCCAGAGCUUUACAAGUGUGCUGCCGAAUUAGUUGGCCCAUCGCAGCUCUUCACAGUCACGAAAUACCUUGUACCUUACUGGAAACCAAGACGGAAGUUAUUAAAUGACAGAGUGGUGGAUCUGAGUAAGGAUGAAGAGAUGAACAUGAAGCGGUCUCCCUUAUUCCAUGUUGACAACAUACAAAUUCCCUUAAUUAUGGCGAAUGGCAAAAAUGAUGUGGUGGUAAAUACUGGUGAAAGUGAACGCAUGUUCGAAGCUUUGAAAGCAAAGGGCAAGGCCGUGCAAUACGUUGUCUAUGACGACGAGGGUCACUUUUUAGAAAGACUCCAGAACAAGCUGGAUUGGUAUUCCAGAGUCGAGCCUCUCUUUCACAAGCAUCUUGGUGGCCGAAUCGGUCCCAAGCCCAACAUCACACACAGCGGCGCUCGGCUCAUUGCGGAUCUAAUUGUGGCAUAGUAGAUAUCAUUUACAGCAUUUUACUUUAUAUGAACGGUUGAGAAUAGGUGACUGAUUUUUAUCCUUGGUUUAUUCACAUCAGACGAUUCGAGUCCUGAUUCGUUGGAAAUGUUGGAGCAAUUGGUAUCUCUAAAAAUAAAAUAUAAAAAUGUGUGGUUUAUUGAGUAACCUA